AGAUACUGUGAGACUUGGGAGUAGUUUAGAAGAGAGCCGGGGCUCAGCCGGCCAUAAACGGACCGGGCGAGUCUGAGCCGGGCUGUGUAGAAUCGGACAGGCCUGUGGCGUUCGGAAAGACUAGGGCGGCGGACCAGCCUGCGACAGCUUCUGCUGGGUGACGAGACCCAGUUACAACAUGGAAGAACAGAAUCAGCAUUCGCACUGUGUUCAUUGUUUCAGUCGACGUUGUAUGAUUCGGCCAGAGUCUGGUGUUUCCUGUGACUUGGUUGGCUGCCCACAUGUUUGUGGAGCCGUGUACCACUCCUGUAAAGCAGAUGAACAUAGGAUAUUGUGCCCCCUUGAACGAGUGCCUUGCAUAAAUAAGGGGUUUGGAUGCCCUUUUAGUGUGACUCGUAACAAGUUAGCUGACCAUCUACAAAUAUGUCCUGCAAGUGUGGUAUGCUGUACGAUGGAGUGGAACAGGUGGCCUGUGAGCUAUGCGGAUCGAAAAUCGUACGAAAAUCUCAGUAGAGAUGUCGAUGAAGUAGAGCAGUUAGAUAUGGCCUUAGCUUUACAAGAUCAAAGAAUGCUUUUAGAGUCACUGAAAGUGGCAACUAUGAUGUCUAAAACAACCGCGAAACAUGAACCGCAAGAAGAAAUUUCUGUCAAGCUCACUGAUAAUGAUAGAACGCUCACUAAUGGCUUAAGCGAUGGUGAAGAUUCUUACAGUGCACUUUAUCAAGCAACUGUAGAGACCACUAAGAGUUUAGCAGCUGCUCUGGAUGUCCUAAAUAAUGCUACAAGAGACAUUGCUAUGCUCAACGGAAGAUUGCGUGAUGCUAGUUGUGAGAUGAAUAAAAAUUUCCAACUAACAGAGCAAAAUGGUGCUGGUAUUUUGAAUCAUAAUGACCAGGAGUUGGAAGAUGAAGAAGAUGCUGGAGCUGUAGGUGGGAUAGCUUGUAGCUCAUUGAAGCACUUGCAUCAAAAUGGUUCAAGUGAUUUCUAUCCUGGAACAAAUGGUUGUUGUGAGGUAGAGAAUGAUGCCUUUAACUUAACCGCUUCCACUGUCAUGUGCAAUGGCUUCCAUUCUGAAGAUGCACUAACUGAAGGAGAGAUGCACGUAAUUCGACCCAAACAAAAUGGUGCUGAUGGUGUUUUACAAAUAGAAUCCGGGGAACUCUUGAACACAAAUAGUUCUUUGACUGUUACAGUUCAACAGCCGCUAGUCUCAAGUCAGAUGAAUGGGGUGAAGGAAGAGGACUCUCCAAAAGAACAAAUAUUAGACAAAAAAGAUGAACAAGGAUUAAAAAAUGUGGCUGUGUUUGGUAGACGCCCUUUUCUUGUUGACGCUUAUUGGUUUAAAGCCAAAAUGGAAGACAAAGCAGUAGACACAACAGAUCUGGAGAUACAAGAAGAUCCAAUGGGCCUAAAUGGAAUUGACCUGAUUACAGCUGCAUUGCUGUUCUGUUUAGGAGACUCUCCCGGUGGUAGAGGGAUUUCAGACAGUCGUAAUAUUGAUGGGUAUCAUGUUGACUUUGGGACGCAGACCUUUUCCUUUCCAUCUGCAAUAUUGGCGACAAAUACAAUGGUAGGGGACAUAGCAUCAGCUUCUGCAUGUGAUCAUGCUAAUCCUCAACUUUCUAAUCCCAGUCCUUUUCAGACACUUGGUCUGGAUUUGGUGCUGGAAUGUGUUGCCAGAUACCAAACCAAACAGAGGUCCAUGUUUACAUUUGUAUGCGGACAGCUAUUUAGAAGAGAUGAAUUUUCUUCUCAUUUCAAGAAUGUUCAUGGUGAUAUUCAUGCUGGUCUGAAUGGUUGGAUGGAACAAAGAUGUCCAUUGGCUUAUUAUGGGUGUACGUAUUCCCAGCGUAGAUUUUGUCCAUCAACGCAAGGAUCCAAAGUUAUUCACGAUCGGCAUUUGAGGUCUUUUGGAGUUCAGCCUCAUGUACCUAGUCAACAUGAAUCAACAAGAUGUUCAUCGUUUGGUCUGCCUGUUGAUCGUUUCAGUAGUUUGCCUUAUGAAGUACUACAGCAUAUUGCAGGCUUUCUGGAUGGCUUCACAUUGUGCCAAUUGUCGAGAGUCUCUAGACUUAUGAGGGAUGUGUGUGCCAGCUUGCUCCAAGCUCGUGGAAUGGUGGUUUUGUUGUGGGAAAAGAGACAUUAUCCAAAUGGAAGUUCAUGGCAAAUUAAGGACAAGGUGUGGAGAUUCAGCACCGCAUUCAGUACAGUAAAAGAAUGGAAGUUUGCAGAUAUCGUGAGUAUGGCAGAUCAUCUGAAGAAAUGCAGCUACAACACUGUAGAGAAGAGAGAAGAAGCUGUCCCACUUCCCUGCAUGUGUGUGACCCGGGAACUUACAAAGGAAGGACGCUCGCUCCGAUCGGUCUUGAAACCUGUUUUUUAACAACAAAAGUAAACUUACUCCACUAGCACGAACACUCAAGCACCAAUUUUACUCUAUAUCAUUUGUGACACUUUAAUAUUUAACUAAAAAUCCACUGUAUCACUGUAUAUAGCAAUGGCUUUGGAAGUGAUGUUUAUUUUUUUACGUAUAUAAAUAUAUAUUAAAGAGAAAACCAGUAUCGUUGGAAGGAGUAAAAUCAAAUGCCUUAAAGAUUGACAGGAAAUUGUGGUUCUCUGGACGACGACUUUCAUCAGACAUUAAAUAAACAAAUGACUAAUAUUCCUAUAGGAUCUCUGUCGUUAAGUACCGUAUGCUGAUUCACCAGUGCUGUUAUCCAGACAAUUGUAGAGAAACGUUUUACGAACAAUACCAACCUUCUUCCUCUUGACCUGACCAAAAAGUAAGAUUGUAUUUUUU